CAUUCUAACUGAACGUAAUUUUCACAUCUUCCGUUUUUUUCCGGAAAGUUUUCCCUCUUUUCUUUUAAAACAAGUUCAAAUAAUGGAAUCAUUCAUCCGUGGAAGCUGUGAAACAAUGUGCCCAAAAUCAGAAAUCGAUUUACGCACCAAAGAAAAGAUGUUACAUUUCUACGAGUUGAAGCCGGGUAGCCGGACGGAACCGGAUCUGAAUCGAGUGGUGAAAGAAUUUGCACGCUCUGCAGCUGGCGUACGGAGACCAAAACACUGGGAGAUUCGAACGUUCCCGGCGCUCAAACGUUCGGUGGAAUAUUUGUUAACCGAAAUCAUUCUAGACACCCGCCGCUCUUACACCUUCCAGUAUGAAUUCAUCUUCGAUCGAUUACGAGCCGUCCGGCAAGAACUUGUCAUGCAGAAUCUUUCCACGAAAGAAUCGUUGGAGCUUCUGGUACCAUCGGUACGAUUCCUAAGCUACAGCGCCUACCGCUUAUGCGCAGCUCCCAUGAAUGAGUUCGAUCCGAAAAUCUGCUCCACUCAUCUGCAGGAAUGUUUGAAAAAGGUUCUCAGAUGUUACGAAGACCUGGACCAGGAAUCGGUCGAAUAUGACCGAAACCAACGUAUCCAAAUGGAAGGAAUCUAUCUAAUAUUCAAUCUCGGAUCCAUGGAGGCACUUUCCCGAGGAAUCAAUUUAAGCAAAGACCUACGAGAACAUUUGAAAAUUCAUCUUACUUUGAAUUUGGAAUACAUUCGAGCGAACUUCUACAAAGUUUUAGAAGGAUUCCAAAGCUUACCUCCUUUAGAAACUGCCCUAGCUUCUCUGAAGCUAUCGGAAAUCCGUCGACAAAUGCUGCUCCGAUUCUCGGUUGCAUUCCAAAGCAAACAGCUAACGGUUCCACUCGAUUGGAUCGGUCACAUUCUACAUUAUCGAGAUGACGAGCUGAACUUGAUCCUGACCGAUUGUGAGUAUUACAACUUGCAACUGGUCGAAGCUGACAAUCGUCAAUCAACCGUAGUAGACAAUCAACGGCGGGCAGAACCCAAAGACGACUGGUGGGAGGAUGGCUUCGCGGCACUGUCUCUGAGGGAGCAACCGGACCUAGCCGGGAAGUCGGUGAAAUUCGAGAAGGCACGAAUGGAUCCGACUAAAGCUGCGGUUCAAUCACGUCGCGUUCGGUUCGUGGAUCGCAAGUUGGACGAAAGUGGAUCGCUGCCGAAGCUUUUACUGCACUGUUGAUGUCGGAAGUCGGAAACUGACGGGUUUGAAAGGCUGAACGAUGUGCAAGAUUGUUGAUCUCAAGUGAUGUUCGUGUGUGUGUGUGUGGUUGUUUCGAAAUUAAGAUAGACGAAUUUUCGAACGUAACGGUAAGUACCCGCCAUCAAUGAUGAAGCUCAUGGGAACCGUUUUUUUAUUAGUCGGAAAAACUUGUUCUUAAAUGUAUGAAGGUCAAACACAUAAAAUCUA